AUGUUCGCGCUCCGAACACUGUGCCGGGGGCCUCGCCCUCUGAGCUCCCCCAGCUCCGCCUCGCGCACUCUCCGUGCGCCCCGCGCGACCCCCGUCCGCUUCAACAGCAGCUCGUCCAAGCCGACGCAGGCGCAGUGGGAGGCCGCCGCCAAGCGCAACAGGACGGCGAACAUGUGGCUGUCGGGUGCCGUCGUCGCGGGCUCGUUUGCGCUCGGCUUUGUCGUCUGCCAGACCCUGUACAACAGCAAGAAGGAGCCGCCGACGUUCCUCCUCCCGUCCAACAUUGGUAUCGAGCUCCAGGAGAAGAUGCAGCCGUCCUACGGCUCCGUCGCCGACUACCACAAGUGUAUCGACGAGAUCCGCGAGCUCUACAAGAGCAAGGGCAAGGAGGACAGCGUCUCGACCGACGCCGACGACCUCCGCUCCCACGGUAUCUCGGACUGGAGCUACCACGGCGCCGAGCUCCCCACCGUCGUCGUCUGGGUCGACAGCACUGAGGAGGUCCAGGACCUCGUCAACAUCUCUCGCAAGUACCGUGUCCCCAUCACGCCGUUCUCGGGUGGUACCUCGCUUGAGGGACACUUCUCUUCGCGCCCUCCGGACCCGGACAUGAACAGAGCUAACGCCCAGCCCUACGGUGGUAUCUCGCUCGACCUCUCGCAUAUGGACAAGGUCAUCUCUGUGUCUGAGAAGGACGGAGAGGCUGUCUGCCAGGCCGGUGUCCGAUGGGAGGACCUGAACGAGCAGCUCGCUGCCAAGGGCAUUCCCCUCUUCUUCCCCCUCGACCCCGGACCCGGAGCGACCCUCGGUGGAAUGGCCGGCACUGGCUGCUCGGGCACCAACGCCGUCCGCUACGGUACCGCCAAGGGCGAGUGGUUCCUGAACCUGACCGUCGUCCUCCCUACCGGCGAGGUCAUCAAGACCCGCUCGAAGGCGCGCAAGUCGUCUGCCGGCUGGGAUGCGACCAAGAUCUUCCUCGGCGCCGAGGGCACGCUCGGUAUCGUCACCGAGUGCACCGUCAAGCUCGCUCCCCUCCUUCCGACCAAGGUCGCCGUCAUGAACUUCCCCGGUGUCGAGGAGGCUGUCGCUGCGGCCACCGAGAUUGUGAACCACGGCUACCCCGUCCAGUGUGUCGAGUACCUUGACUCGCGCACGAUGCGCGCGAUCAACGAGGGCGGCAUCGCCGGCCGCAAGUACCCCGAGAAGGACUCGCUCUUCUUCAAGUUCCAGGGCACGGACGGCAUCAUGAACGAGACGGCCAAGGGCGUCGUGAGCCUCGCGAAGCAGCACGGCGGCAAGGACUUUGAGUUCUCUGCCACGGACGCGGACGGCGAGAAGCUCUGGGCUGGCCGCAAGGCUGCCCUCUGGUCCGUGCUGGCGAUGCGUCCGAACGGCCGCGUGUGGACGACCGACGUGUGCGUCCCCAUCUCCAAGCUGCCCAAGCUCGUCGAGGAGACGGCCGAGGACUUUGAGAACCGCGGCCUCGAGGCGUGCCACUUCGGCCACGUCGGUGACGGAAACGUCCACACCCUCGCCCUCUUCUCCGACGACGAGGAGCUCGAGCGCGUCCGCGUCGCCGUGCACGAGAUGGUCGAGCGCGCCAUCCGUCUCGGCGGAACGUGCUCGGGCGAGCACGGCGUCGGCCUCGGCAAGAUCGAGUACCUCAACACCGAGCUCGGACAGGGUACCGUCAACCUCAUGGAGACGGUUAAGCGCACGAUCGACCCCCUCGACCUCUUCAACCCCGGCAAGGUGUACCCGAACAUCCACCCUAAGCACUCGGCUGGCGACGGACACGGCCCGAAGGAGCACUCGCACGGCGUUGACGCGAGCGUCGGCAAGAAGAACGCGGAGAAGGAGGCGUAA